UCUCUCGGGUCCGCAGGCCUUGAGUCUCGCCGUGCCCUGGGUGGGCGUCUGGAGCCUGUGACAGGUCCCCGUGACCUCGGGUGGUUUACCCUGGCAGGGGGCGGCACCAGCUGUGACCUGCCGACAUUACUGCUGCCUCGGUGUUUAACCCCCCAGCCGCCGCUGCUCUGGGAGCCGACAGCUGCGCCUCUCCGGCCCUGAAGGGAGGAGGAGGAGACGUGAGGUGUGUUUGUUUUGGUACGGGUGUUGCUGUGUCGUCCUGCUCCGUGUCCAGGUCCUAAACGAUUUCUCAGUUUGGAAUGAAUUGAUCCAAAGGAAGAAAAUAAUUUCUACAUGGGCAGAAGAAGUCACUGCUUUUAAGUGAGAUUAUCACUUCAAUAGUCUCUGAAUCCAAGUCCUCAGGUUGGUGCAGCAGGAAGGGAUUUCAGUCCGGAAAUGGAAGUCCGGUCUUCAUUUGAUAAAUUUAGUCAAUCAUCUGAAUCUGUGUCCACAUUAAACAGUGAAGAAUUUGUCUUGGUUCAUCAGCAACCUGAGGAUCCCCAUGCAAAAGAUGAGAAACCUCAACUAAAAAUAUUUUCAAAUGGAGAUGAACAGCUGGAGAAAGCCAUGGAAGAAAUACUGAGAGAUUCUGAAAAAGGCCAAAUAAGUUAUGUUACUGACUGUAAAGACUCCAGUGAUGCUUGUAGACAGUCAGCUGAAGAUGUGUCAGCCAGUCAGACAAACCAACCUUCUUUACAUCUAAUUCUGGACCCUUCCACGACAGAAAUCUCGGCACCUAAACCCUGUUCCCCUAAUGAACUCCCAGAAGAGGACAGUGUAUUAUUUAACAAAUUGAUGUAUCUAGGUUCUAUGAAGGUUUCUGCUCCUCGUAGUGAGUCAGAAGCUCUACGUGCUAUGGAAGCUUUGAAAUCCUCAUGCCAGUCCUCUUUUCCUGUGACUCUCUAUGUUCCGAAUAUCCCAGAAGGCUCUGUAAGAAUACUAGACCAAACCAGCAAUACGGAGAUAGCCUCUUUCCCAAUCUAUAAGAUAUUGUUCUGUGCACGUGGACAAAAUGGAACUGCAGAGAGUGACUGCUUCGCAUUUACUGAAAGCUACUGUGGAACGGAGGAGUUCCAGAUUCAUGUUUUCUCCUGUGAAAUUAAAGAGGCAGUCAGCAGAAUUUUAUAUAGUUUCUCAACGGCAUUCAGACGGUCUUCCAAACAAGCCUCAGACUAUGUUAAGGACUCUGUUCUUCCUACCACAGAUAGUGAUGUGUUCACUUUCAGUGUCUCCUUAGAGGUUAAAGAAGAUGAUGGUAAAGGAAAUUUUAGCCCUGUACCAAAGGACAGAGAAAAACUUUAUUUCAAACUGAAACAGGGAAUUGAUAAGAAAGUUGUGAUCACAGUCCAGCAACUCUCAAACAAAGAAUUGGCCAUUGAAAGAUGCUUUGGGAUGCUGUUAAGCCCAGGUCGAAAUGUGAAGAACAGUGACAUGCAUUUACUUGAUAUGGAGUCCAUGGGAAAGAGCUGUGAUGGAAGAGCAUAUGUUAUUACUGGAAUGUGGAAUCCCAAUGCACCUACUUUUCUUGUACUUAAUGAGGAAACACCUAAAGAUAAACGUGUGUACAUGACUGUGGCAGUGGAUAUGGUGGUCACUGAAGUGGUAGAGCCAGUCCGCUUUUUGCUGGAGACUGUUGUUCGCGUGUACCCAGCUAAUGAGCGUUUCUGGUAUUUCAGCAGAAAAACCUUCACAGAAACUUUCUACAUGAAGCUAAAACAGUCUGAAGGGAAAAGCCACACAAAUGCUGGAGAUGCAAUUUAUGAAGUUGUAAGUCUGCAGCGGGAGUCUGAGAGAGAUGAUGAAUCAGUCAGUCCAACAAGUAGAGGGGGUCCACUAUCGCCACAGGAAGAUGAGGCUGAAGAAGAGAGUGAUAACGAACUCUCAAGUGGUACUGGUGAUGUGUCUAAGGAUUGUCCUGAGAAGGUCUUGUAUUCCUGGGGAGAAUUACUGGGGAGAUGGCACAAUAACCUUGCUGUGCGACCAAAAGGACUGUCUACACUGGUGAAGAGUGGUGUUCCAGAGGCACUAAGGGCAGAGAUUUGGCAGUUGCUAGCAGGAUGCCAUGACAACCAGGCCAUGUUGGACAAAUACAGGAUUCUCAUCACAAAGGACUCUGUCCAGGAGAGCGUCAUUACACGAGACAUUCAUCGAACAUUUCCAGCACAUGACUAUUUCAAAGACACAGGAGGAGAUGGGCAGGAAUCACUGUACAAGAUAUGUAAGGCAUACUCUGUUUAUGAUGAAGACAUUGGCUAUUGUCAGGGACAGUCCUUCCUUGCUGCAGUGUUGCUGCUGCAUAUGCCAGAGGAGCAGGCCUUUUGUGUACUGGUGAAGAUCAUGUAUGACUAUGGCUUGCGAGAUCUCUACAAAAAUAACUUUGAAGAUCUUCACUGCAAAUUUUACCAACUAGAGAAACUAAUGCAGGAGCAGCUACCUGAUUUAUAUAGCCAUUUCUCAGACUUGAACCUGGAAGCUCAUAUGUAUGCCUCCCAGUGGUUUCUCACCCUCUUUACUGCCAAGUUCCCACUCUGCAUGGUCUUCCACAUCAUUGAUUUACUACUCUGUGAGGGUCUGAACAUAAUCUUUCAUGUAGCCUUGGCACUCUUAAAGACCUCAAAGGAGGACCUUUUACAGGCUGAUUUUGAAGGGGCUUUAAAAUUCUUCAGAGUUCAGCUGCCAAAGAGGUACAGAGCAGAAGAGAACGCUAGAAGACUAAUGGAACAGGCCUGCAACAUUAAGGUGCCCACAAAGAAGCUGAAGAAAUAUGAGAGAGAGUAUCAGACAAUGCGAGAGAGUCAGCUGCAGCAGGAAGACCCAAUGGACAGAUACAAGAGGGAGAACCGCAGGCUCCAGGAAGCCAGCAUGCGGCUGGAACAGGAGAAUGACGACCUUGCCCAUGAACUUGUAACGAGCAAAAUAGCCCUCCGAAAUGACUUGGACCAGGCUGAAGACAAGGCAGAUGUCCUGAACAAGGAGCUUCUCCUGACUAAACAGAAACUAGUGGAGACUGAGGAAGAAAAGCGGAAGCAAGAAGAAGAAACUGCCCAGCUGAAGGAAAUCUUCAGGAAACAACUAGAGAAGGCGGAAUCUGAAAUAAAGAAAACCACUGCCAUUAUUGCGGAAUAUAAACAAAUUUGUUCCCAGCUGAGUACCAGGCUGGAGAAACAACAGACAGCAAGUAAGGAGGAACUGGAGGUUGUGAAGGGUAAAGUGAUGGCUUGCAAACACUGCAGUGAGAUUUUCAGUAAGGAAGGAGCAUUGAAGCUGCCUGCUAUAAGCAGAGAGACCCAGGGAACAGAAAGAGAUGAUGAGAAGGAUGCACUCAAGAAGCAGCUGAGGGAGAUGGAACUGGAACUGGCACAGACCAAAUUGCAGCUUGUGGAAGCAAAGUGCAAAAUUCAGGAGCUGGAGCACCAGAGAGGAACCCUUAUGAAUGAAAUCCAAGCUGCUAAAAACUCUUGGUUUAGCAAAACCCUGAACUCUAUCAAAACGGCCACGAGCACACAGCCAGCACAGCAGCCUCCACCAUCCCAGCCACCCAAAGACAGCAGUACAUAGUUCCAGCCAGACCCCAGGCACAAGAGCACAAAGAACAAAGGGUUUCCUCUUGGGGAAAGGACAAAAGACAGGAAUGCAGGCAUUGAAGUGAAAUCCUUCAGUGUCUUUACUCAUUCUGGUGUGACCCGUUCCAAAGGGAAGUUAUUUAAAGAAUCCAAUUUUAUGUUGAAUACUUAUUUCCCACCUGCCUUCCUGAAAAGCACGUUCCAAUACCUUCAUCCUUUUACACUUUAUUUUAUAUGCUUAGAUGUUAAGAUGGAUAAUAAAUCAAAACUAAAUGUUCAGUAUGUGAACUAAUUAUAACUACAAUUUUUAUCUUGCAUAAAACAGAUGUUUUCUUUUUGGGAAAGAAGGAGGGCAGCAUAAAGUACUGAAGCAUAAAUCUUGUUAAAGAAAGCACAGUAUAAUGCUAGGCUCUAUACUCAUGCCAUGGGAUCAUCUCAAGUUUACAGUGGCGAAUGCAUCCUGCAGAGAAGCAUUUCCCAUUCAUUGUAAGUCUUAAGUCACAGCCAAAAUAGACUUGUGCUCUCUCUGGCAUAGCACAAGUGUUUAUAAUCUUCCCUGCGAAUAUUCUGUGUGUUUUGAUUUUGGCAAUUAGUUUCCGCACAAAUUCAAGGAGCGCAGGUCUUCCAGGUGCUGAGUGGCAGCACUGUUUAAUUCUUGUGCAUCACACCUGAACUGGAAUUUAAAGUGAAAUCUUCUAGUUCCUUCUUAUUCAGUUUUAUUUUCAGAACUGGAGAAAAGAUUCCCUCCAUUAGAACAAAGGGAAGGCUAUAUUACUUUUUUGGGGGGGGAGGGGAUGGGGGCAAUAAGUAGAUUUGAAACCUUGCUUAGUUUUGACAUUCUACUACCCCGUGCACUAAAAGCUAUUUUUUUCAGUGUAAAGUUGGUGGAAAUAUUUUCACAUGAAACAUUGGGCCAAGGUUUAAGCAUUGGACUUGGCACAAAAUGGAAGCAUCAAAUCAAAAAGCUCUUUGCACAGGAGAAACAAACACCAUGGAAAAAUCUAUUUGCUUUUGACACUUUAUUAGGGAACCCUAAGUUGCUGUUUUGUUUUUUUUUUUUUUUUUUUGAAGGACAAAAAUAUUAGAAAUGCAAGAUAACAGACUUUACUCAUGAGGUAAACUUUACUGAUGAUUAUUCCUGAGUCUGUCUGGAAACAGGAUUGUCUUGUUUUAUAUCUCCAAGUUGUAGAUGUGCAAAAGCAGUUGUGACUUUUUUUGAUUGAACAUAAAUGUUUAUAGAAAUACUUAUUUCAUGAAAAAUUUAACUACUGCUUAAACUGAUGGAAAUAUUUUUAAAUUAUAUUUAACAUGUCUAUAAGAAGGUCUCACAGACAAAUAUUGUUGCUGGACAAGAGGUUAGUUGUGCAUUAAGUCUCCCUAAGUUAUAAAAUGUUCCAGGGACAUUAGCCCUAUUUUGAUUUUAACUUUAAUGUAAUAUCUUAUCAGCUCUGUACAAUAAAGUGUGAUACUCACAUCCUGCUUCAUUUUCAAGCAUAUUUUCAGAAGAUUUUUACAUAUAGUACAAGUUUAACAUUUACCCUGUGCCAAAUGAGACAUUUUGAAAAGCAGUCAGCUGUUUGACGUAGAGAUCCAAAUGUAGUCACUAUCCUUAGGCAACAAAAGGCCUGCAAUUUGGUGAUGUAAGUUCUUUUUUUCUAAGAACAGAGCUGAAUAAAGAGUUACAUUCCUCUUGUUAUAAUGGCUUAUGAACUUACCUGGAGGAACAGUGUUUUGUCUAGAUGUUACAGAGUGGAACCAAAAUAAGAGGGUUCUUCAAAUGGAAACUGAAUUUUGGCAUACUUUCCAUAAUCAGCUUAGUGCUAUUAAUAUUUAUCUGAAUAAAGACCAAUGUUCCUGUCCAGUGGAAUUACUAAUUUCAGCAUUGAGAUGUCACUGGCAAGUGAAUUAAACUUGAACUAAGUUAUGUAAUAAACUGGAGAUGACAAUUAUAUACAAUUAAAUACAUUAGGAUAAUUAAUUUAUUGUAGUACCUAGAGUACUGUGCUCACAGCCAACAUUGUUCCUGUAUCAAACCACCAGUUUUGUCCAAAUGUCUCAUUUAAAUGCCAAUCCUUAAUUUAAAUCAUGCCUACAGGUUGAUUUGUACUGUUUUCCAAACAAGGUAUUCAGUGCAGUAUAAACAGAAAAGUGAAUUUAAAAUGGCACUUUUUGGCAUGUCUCCGCUCACAAAAAUGUUUGCUACCUGUAAGCCAUGCUGAGCCCUGACAGUUAUUGGAGAGGAAAUUGGAUUCUAUUUUGCCUUCACAUGAUAGCAAUAAAAUUAUCGGUCAAGUGCUGAUGACAGAUUCUUCACUCCUGGUAAUGAUCCAAGAGGCUUGAUUUCCCCCCGCCUCCCAAAAUCCCAGGUUGAGUGUCUAUCACCUCUAAUUAGAAGAAUGAAUAACAUUUGACUUUAAAAACUGUAAAUCUUGUUUGGAAUCUGUGAAAGAACAAAUAAAAUAGCUCAAUGUCAUUUUCAAAAUCACUUUCCUGACUGUAAUUGACAGUGAUACUCAAUAACAUGGAAAGCUAACAAGACUGUAGGGUUACAAGAUAGGAGGUAAAAUCCAACUUCCUGGCUGUAUAUACAAAUAACCUAACAUUGUCAUAAGGAUAAAAAAAAAAAAGGGGGGGGGUUUAGUUGGCCCUUUCAGUGGUGAAAGACGGAACCAGGUACAUGAUGGAAAUGUGCACCUUCAGGGUUGGCUGAUGUUUUGCAUAGAUUUUUUUUUCAAUGGGAAACUUCCUGAAUUAAAAGUCUCACUGAAAACAGUUAACAUAACUCAAAGCGUGGAAGUAAUAAUUUUUGUUUGUUCAAUAUCAAAAUGCAUGCCCAGUUCCAGCAGUUGUACUAAAGGUAACUUGUGUCCAUCUAUAUGUAAGGAGCAAGCAUUACUACGGAUUUUUAUUUUUACUUCCAUUCAGAACAAGUAAUUCUGAAAUAUGGCCUUAAUUUCACAAAGAAACCAAACUCUGUAAAAUAUAUAUUUUGGUGCAGUUAUUAAUCUUGUGGAUACUAGUGCCUCACUGAGGUGCACAAUGCAGAAAGAACAAGUACAUUUUUUUCACUUUAUGCAGAAGUUUAUUUGGGUGAAACGCUUCAUAGGAUAAUUCAGGUUGGAUUAAUUACAUUGUAAAUCAUCAAUUCACUAGUAUCUUUGUGGAUCAAAACUGAAUUUAUGUAAAACAGUAGUGCAUACUUCAUAUCUC